AUGACUGAGCAAAAGACUUCCACUUUUGGCAUAUGUGGCCGGAUGUUUACCAUUGCCCAUGAUCUUGGCUACUACAGAUCCGUUGCAGUCACAGGUAUUUACUCUUCCAGCUUGUGGAAGGUUGAUCUUGAGAAAAAAUUGGACGCGAGCGUGCAAGCUACCAUUCGAGAACAUCCGGCGCUCUGUUACGGUCUGUCUAAUCAGACUAACGAUGACGGCCAAACUAUUUUCGCAAGCUUCAAGGAAGUUUAUCGCGAUGAUCUAAUCGAAUCGAUCGAUCAUUCCUCUGAAGCGUCAAGCGAGGAGAUAUCAGAGUCAGCGGCGGACAACGUACUUCGUGAACGCCUAGAAAAAGCGCACACCAGUUUUUGGCCUGUUGGGAAGCCUGCCUGGAGAAUGAUCGUUAUUCACCAUCCUACUGAAAGUUCUCUUUCUGGUGAGGCUGUCCAGGGUGGUUCGGAAGCACUCGAAGAGCGCAGAUUUGAUAUUGCCUUUGUUUUUCAUCACGCCAUAGCCGAUGGGCUCAGCGGCUUGGCAUUUCAGAAUACAAUCAUGAAGCAUUUUUCACUGAUAUCUGACGCAUCUUCAGACGUGAAAUGGCCGUUGGUUAUCGACUGGGAUGUCUCACCACCCAAUUUAGUGGAGGAACGCAUCGACUUAAAGAAUCCGCAGAGGUCGGAGAGUGAACAGCCUCCGACACCUGGUAAUCAACCAGCAUGGCCUGGAGAUGUAAUAUCUCUACCGCCAGGGGACGGAUAUCGAUCCAGGGUUCACAUGGGAAUAGUACCACCCGAAACCUUGAGUUUAUCGCUCAAAUUUUGCAAGAGCCAGGGCAUUACAUUGACAGGGUAUCUUCAUGGUCUCAUCUGCGUAUUCUUGAGCAGAGAGAUCACGGAAGCGCCCGGUUUUCGCUUGGUCACGCCAUAUUCGUUGCGUCAAUUCACCAAGACCAGCGCACAUGAUAUUGCAUUUCACGCGGCAUCUAUGGCGAUGUAUGUUCCUGAAUCUGAUAUCGUCGCGAUACGGAAGACGCAGCCUCAGUCUUCGGAGGAGAUGGAACAUGUUAUCAAAAUCGCGAGAGGUUUUAGCGCGUCAAUGGCGCGGGAUAUGGCCGCCUCUGCUUAUAUUGAUGAGCUACGCGAAGUUCCAGAUGCAAUCGAGUUUCGCAAGUCGGCCUUGGGGAUAUUGGGUAAGCGAAGGACCAAAAGCUACGAAAUAUCCAAUCUCGGGGUUGGACAGAAUCCAAGCACUGGUCCAGAUGCGAAGCCCAUGGUGCUCCGACGUCUGAUGAUGACUCAAAGCGGUUCUGUAACUGGUCAUGCCUUCUCAGUGAAUUGUGCUUCGGUCAGGGGCGGUCCUCUAACACUUUCAAUAACAUGGUCUAAUGGUGUGGUGGAAGAUCAACUUAUUAAGUCGCUUUCUUUGUACUUAAACCAAGCUAUGGGGAGGCUUUCCACGGGUGAAUAA